AUGAGAACACUUGCUCUACUCAUUGCUCUUCUCCUCCUGGCCUUCGAGACCCAGGCAGAGACUUUCCAAGGAACUGAUGAGGGGGUUCUAGACCAGGAGCAGCUAGGAGCAGACAACCAGGAUAUGUCCAUAUCCUUUGGAGGGGAUGAGAGCACUGCUCUUCAAUAUGCAGAUGUGAGGUCACGUGUGACCUGCUAUUGCAGGAGAGGCGGCUGUGGUUCUAGAGAAAGCCACAUUGGGUACUGCAGGUACCGUAACACCAUCUACCGACUCUGCUGCCGCCGAUGA